CGCGCGCAGUUUCCGGUUGACUCGGAAACGAUUCUCUGGAGCCGAGGUCCACUCUGAUUUUCCUCGUGAAUACUUGGACUGUGUGAGUGAAAACCCAGGGGAAGAUACUUGUUGGCUGAGCUAGUACAAUGCAGUCACGGGGAUCCAUGACCUUCGAGGAUGUGGUUGUAGACUUCACACAGGAAGAGUGGACCUUGCUGGACAUAUCCCAGAGGAAGCUGUAUAGAGACGUGAUGCUAGAGAACAUUAGUCAUCUGGUCUCUAUUGGCAAACAGUUCUGCACAUCAGGUGUGCUUUCCCGUUUGGAGCCAGAAGGGGAACUUUCAAGAGAAGGAAUAAAUGUUCUGCAAGGUAGAGAAGGUGACUUUAAACAAGAAAUGACAUCGAUACAACAUAUCUAUCAGAAGGACAUAUCCACCAUCAGCACAAUGAGACUUCAUACUCAAGAUGAUCCUUUGGAAUGUAAUAAUUUGAGAGAAGAUUUCAUUGAUCAUAUAGCAUUAACUCAAAAUAUGAUAAGUCACAUGGGAAAGAAACACUGUGUAAGCAAAAAAUUUGGGAAAUCCUUCAGUGACUGGUUAUCUUUUAAUCAAUAUAAGGAAAUUGACACUAGAUGUAAAUCGUAUGAAAGUCAUCUGUGUGGUUAUGCCUUUAAUCAGAGCUCUUCCCUUAGACAACACAGUAAGACUCACACUGGAGAGAUAACAUUUGAAUGUGAUGUGUGUGGUAAAACCUUCAGUAAAAGUUCUAAUCUUAGACGACAUGAGAUGAUUCACACUGGAGAGAAACCACAUGGAUGUCACCUGUGUGGAAAAGCCUUUACUCAUUGCUCUGACCUUAGAAAACAUGAGAGAACACACACUGGAGAGAAACCAUAUGGAUGUCAUCUAUGUGGGAAAGCCUUUAGUAAAAGUUCUAACCUUAGGCGACAUGAGAUAAUUCAUACUAGAGAGAAAGCACAUGGAUGUCAUCUGUGUGGGAAAGCCUUCACUCAUUGCUCUGAUCUUAGAAAACAUGAGAGAACUCACUUUGGAGAGAAACCCUAUGGAUGUCAUCUAUGUGGGAAGGCCUUCAGUAAAGGUUCUUACCUUAGACAACAUGAGAGAACUCACAAUGGGGAAAAGCCAUAUGAAUGUCAUCUGUGUGGAAAAGCCUUCUCUCACUGUUCUCACCUUAGACAACAUGAGAGAACUCACAAUGGAGAGAAACCACAUGGAUGUCAUCUAUGUGGGAAAGCCUUCACUGAAUCUUCUGUGCUUAAACGACAUGAAAGAACUCACACAGGAGAGAAACCUUAUGAAUGUCAUGUAUGUGGGAAAGCGUUCACUGAAUCUUCUGACCUUAGACGACACGAGAGAACUCACACUGGAGAGAAACCAUAUGAAUGCCAUUUAUGUGGAAAAGCCUUCAAUCACUCUUCUGUCCUUAGACGACACGAAAGAACACACACUGGAGAGAAACCGUAUGAAUGCAAUAUAUGUGGUAAAGCCUUCAAUAGAAGUUAUAACUUUAGACUUCAUAAGAGGGUUCACACUGGAGAGAAGCCAUAUGUGUGUCCUAUAUGUGGGAAAGCUUUUAGUAAAUGUUUUAACCUUAGACAACAUGAGAGAACUCACACUAAAAAUGUAAUAAAAGUGUAAGAUUCAUCAGUCGUAGCUUCAACCCCUAAAUACACCAAAGGACUAACACAUUGAAGAAACAUUAUAAUCAGCGUGGAAAAACUUUUAUUUAUCAUUACUUCACUCAACCUAAAUUAACUCAAAAUGGUGAGAAUCCAUAUGUAUUUUGUCUAUAUGGCACAAACUUUAGACACUGGACUGCCCAUAUA